UAGGAUCAGAGGCUACCCCCCGAUCUGACUUUCUUCCUCACCCCCAUCUCUUGUGACAAAAGAUGAAUAUGUAGAUUUUUCUGGGUGUUUGAUAUGGGAGCUGUGACUGGGUGAGACCCUAACGGAGCAGAGAAGGGAGUUCCAUAGAAACAGCGUAGCCCUAGAGAAGUCUUGAAGGUGGACGUCACAGGUGCAAGUACGAACAGGUGAAUUGUAAUCUCAUGUGUCCAUCUGAUGACAAAAAGUCACAAAGUGACUGCACCCAUGCCAGCAUGGAGGAAAAGGGAAGCCCUUUGGAAAGAGUACUCCCUGCAACCGGCACCUCAACACACACCCUUCUCCCGGACCCUCCAGAUUCUCCCCAAGAAACCCCUACAGAUGAAAAGCGGGCACCUGUGGGGACACAGCACCCACUCGCCCAUGUACCUGUCAUUAGUCUGGGUCACAGCAGAGUGGCUUUGCGACCAGAACUCACAGCCCUGCACCCUGUACCCUCCCUGAUGCUUGCACUUCCUGGGAUACGUGGGCCAUUAUUUCCCUCACAGUACCAUGCUCAUCCUUUCCUUCCAAGCCCAUACUUGCGUACAUCAGGCCUGAUUCCUAUUUAUUCUGGACGUUUUAAAAGAAGGAGCCUCCCAGAUAUCAUGGAGACACCAUUCAUAGUGCGUCAGCCCCAGAAAGUUGCUCGUCGUGUCUUCACAAACAGCCGAGAACGAUGGCGACAACAGAAUGUAAAUGGAGCAUUUGCUGAAUUGCGGAAACUCAUCCCCACACAUCCCCCAGAUAAGAAGCUGAGCAAGAAUGAAAUCUUACGCCUAGCCAUGAGAUACAUAACCUUCUUAGUAACACUGCUCAGUGACCAACACGGCACUAACCCUAAGCCAUCACCUACUACAAAGAGACUCUCAUCUCCUGUACGGGAACUGACUUCAAAGGUCAAGGACAACCCCAACCCCAGACUUCAUGGAGUAAAGGAGGAAGAGAAAAGCAGGGGUUAUGGUAGUAUGGUGGUUGUGUCUCCAAUAUCUGGAAGCUGUGGGGAGAGUCUGGAGAGUGAAGAGGAAGAUGUGGAGAGUAAUAGUGUUUCACCUCCUAAUGGCGCUCAACGAAUACUGAUAAGAUCAGAAGCAGAUGGGAGUCGGUGAGGCUUGGGGUAAGGGGGAGAAUGAGAUUAAACUGAGAGUUACCUUCUCAUUCCUCUCUCUCUUCAAGUUGGGCAAACCUUUCUUAUUAAUGCACUAAAUUGUUCCAAAUACAACAAGAGCAGAGCAUACAUACUUCAAAUCUCAAUCCAGAGACUUUACCAAACACCCUAUUUGGGAAACCAAAAUAGAAUACUAUAUGCCCGGACUAGCUUUCUAAUGAAACAAACAUCUCGAGAAAUGUCCAUCAGUACAAAGCUGGUUUGAAAUAUGAGUCUAUUUGUUGACGUGCCCAUUUUCCUUUUCAAAAAGUAGACAAUUGGGUAUAGUUGCUAGAGCAUCCUCUUCUACUGGAUUCCUGGAAUAUAAGAAUGCCGUGAACGUUGUGGAAUAAGCUUCCCCUAAUGCAAUUUUUACUGCAGCAAUGAACUAAAACGUUUUAUUUCUGACACUGGAGUGUGUGGACAACAUGUGAAACUCGUAACACUGGUUUCCUUAUGUGCUACUGCCCCCCUCUACCCAAAUACUAUUGUAUUGUGAAAUAAAGUUGAAUUACAACUGCUUCUAUGGAAUGCUAUGCUGGGAUUAUCAUAUUAACACUGGGAGCUACAUAGAUACAUUUCAUGGAAUACUCAGCAGCAUUUGUGUAUUUAAUAUAUAGCUGCAUCGGACUACACUGGAGUAUAUCGCACUGCAUGACAAUCAAUGUAGCCCCGGAACAAUAGAAGAAACAAGUUAAAACCCAUAAUGCAAUGCUAGACUAUACCUGUACUGCACUAUGCACAUGAGAAUUCAAAACCUCCAUCUUAAUUACUGGGUUCUAGAAAGUGAAUUUUAGAACUGCAAAGCACUGAAUGCAUUGUUAAAAAAAAUGAAUGAACAAUAAAGUCUAUAGAUACACUGAUAGUCAAUGGAA